UGAAUCUUUUUAUUACAUAUUUCUAAGAGGUUUUCUGUUUCAGUGCCAGCGUACGUGUUGUAUGUAUAUGAAAAUGUGGGCACAAUCGGAGGAUCAUGGAAGAGCCAUAGGCCAUUAUCUCACUGUUUACAGGCCUGUAACGAUGACCCAGCAUGUGACGCAGUGGACUGGGAUGGAAACUGUUGGUUCCAUUAUAACUCUACGUCGUGCAGUGGACUUAAAUAUGGGAAUAAUGUGCAUCAAUAUCAAAUGAAAGAAUGCCCUGGCAAUCCUUCCUACAAUUGCCCCUGUUCCACGGGAGGAACGUGUGUGAGAACAUACACCUCACCGACACAGAUUUCUUCAGAGGAGUGUGUGUGUAACCUGGGACGUACUGGUGACCAGUGUUCUGAUUACUUGAAAUGCACUACCCCGACUUUCCGCAACGCGACACACUCUGGAAGUAACAGAUUUGGAAGCACUGUUACCUAUACCUGUAACAGUGGGUAUCAACUCAGCGAUGGUUCUGGUACCAGUUUCACCCUGACUUGCAGUCUUAAAGGAGAGUUUGAAGGGGAGAUGAAAACAUGUAUCAGAACCUGUGAAUUCCUAUAA